AUUGUUUGCUAGAUAAAUAUUUUAUCUAUGUCGCAAAAAGGGUUUAAAUAAAUUUAUUGAAUUAUUUUACAGAAAUGGGCAACAAGCACGGUGGAGAAAGGCUUAAGCGUACUCUGAAAAAGAAAGCUAGCUUAAGCAGUGAAAAUGAAUAUCUCAAGAUACAGUUCAAAAUAACAGAUGAACAAUUAAAAGAGUAUAGAUCACUUUUCAAAGAUCAUUCCGAUAACAACAAGGUGAUUACAAGAAGCGAAUUCAGGAAUGUAUACCAACUUAUAUAUAAAAGUGGCGAUGCUACUGAAUUUGCCGAUCGUGUUUUUGACGUGUUUGACAGUGAUAAGAGUGGAACUGUAGAUUUUAUAGAGUUUGCAGCAGGACUUACAAUGAUGGAUAGUGAGAAGCUGGAACAGAAAAUAUCCAUUGCCUUCAGUAUGUAUGACGAGGAUGGCAGCAAUACCUUGUCCAAACAGGAAGUCAUUAACAUGAUACAGGCUUAUUACAGACUACUGGGACCUGACGUUAGCAGAUCACCAGUAGAGAUAGCCAAUGACCUAUUUAAAAAAAUGGACCUUGAUAAAGAUGAUUCAGUCACAUAUGAGGAAUUUGCUAGCGUAGCAAAACGGGAUCCAACUGUGCUGGAAAUUCUUAAUCCGAAAGCUUGAAAACUUCAAAGUACUAGUUGGAUAUAAUGCAGCAUUUACAUCGUGUACUGCUUGAAAGUGCACACAGUGUUAUAUAGCAUUAUUUGUAUCUUUGUUGUAUCCCAUUUUAUGGCUUAAUACGAAAAUUGGCUUAAAGACUCGUGUUUAUUUUGUCUCUCUGCAACAGACGCAAUGAUAAUGGAUGUCUAGAGACGCAAUGCUUAUGGAUGAGUCAUGGAUGUUUAGAGAGUGACAACAGACGUAAUAUUGGAAACCAAUAAAGAUGUCAUUACAUGUCAAAUGAACAUUCCGAGUUAAGAAGAAAAAGUACUUACACAGAUUUGUUUUAAACAUAAAGGGUCCAGUCAUGUAAAAUAAACAUAUGAAAUCAUAUAUAUUAGUUUAAACAAUUCCAAUUUGGAAAAGCGCUUGACCAAUGAUAAACCAUAUUCAUUUUUAUAAUUGUUGAUCAAUGCUUUGGUUAAGGGCAUACGAUACAGUUUUGAUCCCACGGUAUUUUUUUACGAAAUUUUGCAUACAAAAUAUUUUUCACUUAGUUAAUUCAAAUAUGUAAUAAAAAAUAUACCUUAAUGUGCUAAAUUUAGAGAUAAAUGGGGUCGAAAUUUUAGACAUUUUCUUAAAAUUUCGGUUCCUUGUACAUUUUGAUCCUUUGGACAGACAUGCUCAACAUUUUUGUUUCAAAAGACAAACACAUGCGGAUUUUUGUAAAACGAUUUGGAAUAUCUUCUUUACAAAAGUAUGCUCUUAACUUAUGUAAAAAUUCUUUAAAAAUAAUUAUUUUUUAUUAAAAUAUCAUUAUUUUAGUGAAAAACAGCAUUUUUUGCUGCAUAUUUAUCUAAUUUAAAAAAAAAUCAGGUGAUUUUUUCAUAAAAAUUAGAACAAAUAAUCUUCAUAUAGUAUCAUGUCUCGAAAAAUGCAUCUUUUCCCGAUAAGUCGCAGUUUGACGUCGCAAAAAUAACAUAUAUUACGUUAGCAACGCCAUUACCUCCCCUGUAACUGUAUCGUGUGUCCUUAAAAAGAACCAAAGGUAAAAAAUUAGGACUAGAUAGUAGCCUCUAUAUUUAUUUUCUUUAUAUUUUUUCUAAGCAUGUGCUCUUGAUUUUUCUGUCUCAUUCACAUUAUAUUUCCUUUAAAUCAUUAUCAAUUAAAUUAAUAAAAUUUAAUGUUAA